ACCACUUCCUCAUUUCAAGCUCUGAAACUUUGAACAAAACACACACAAAAAAAACAAGAACAGUCAGAUCUAACAAUAAAGAAAACAAAAACAAGAUGAGCAACAUCAUCCCACCGGAGAAAAGAUCCAUCAUCACAUUCCUCCUCCUCGCCGGUCUCAUCGGCAGCGCUCUACUCUUCACCACCUUCAUACGUUCAGCCGACGACGCUUUCUUCCUCUGCUCCACCGCAAGCGCCAAAAGCCGAGCUAUAGCCGCGGCUGCUGACUACUCAGCAACCCCUAUCCAGCUCCAAGCCAUCGUCCACUACGCGACCUCCACCAUAACCCCACAACAAAACAUAGACGAGAUCUCAAUCUCCUUCAACGUCUUGAAAGAGCUAGCCCCCGCCAACUUCCUCGUCUUCGGCUUGGGCCUUGACUCACUCAUGUGGGCCUCUCUUAACCCACGUGGCAAAACCAUAUUCCUCGAAGAAGAUCUCGAGUGGUUUCAAAAAGUAACCAAAGACUCCCCUUUCCUCCGUGCGCAUCACGUGCGUUACAGAACACAGCUUCAAGAAGCCGACAAGCUUCUACGCUCUUACAAGACGGAACCUAACUGUUUCCCGGCGAAGUCGUUUCUUAGAGGAAACGAGCGUUGCAAGCUCGCGCUCACGGGGCUUCCCGACGAGUUCUACGACACGGAGUGGGAUCUGAUCAUGCUCGACGCUCCGAAAGGCUACUUCGCCGAAGCUCCGGGGAGAAUGGCGGCGAUUUACUCGGCGGCGGUUAUGGCUAGGAACAGGAAGAAGCCUGGAGUUACUCACGUGUUCUUGCACGACGUUGACAGGAGAGUUGAGAAGACUUUCGCGGAGGAGUUUUUGUGUGCGAAGUAUAGAGUUCACGCCGCCGGGAGGUUGUGGCAUUUCGCGAUUCCUCCCGUGGCUGCGAACGCUAAAAUCGACGGUGGAGAUUACAGGUUCUGUUAAAAAAAUUGUGACACGUCGUCACACGGCUUUUUGUUGUUUCCACUUUUGCCCUUUUUUUACUUUCGGAUCUCUUGUUAUUACUACAUAGGGUUCACUUAUUUAUCUGAGUUAAUGCCGAUUGUUUUGGAUCUACAUCUAUCGGUAUUCUCUUGUUUUUUUAGUUACGUGGAGUUUACGUAUUGCAUAUGUCAUGUUUACAUCGUAGUUUCCUUAUUUAAAAUAAUUUGACAUUUUUAUCUUAAGUAGAAGGUAAAUAAUUUUUUUUUGGUGGAGAACGUAAAAGUAUAA